AUGGCGGAUCCAGUGGGGGCCGAGAUCGUGGUGGAGCAGAACACCCCCUUUUCGACGCCAAAGCGAUCGAGUCGCGUGGUGAAGCCCACGAGCAAAGUCCGAGACACGGCGCGACAACUGGAAGACACCGCGAAAGAAACGAAAAAGAGCACCCGAUACGCGACGCGAACGGCACUGGCCGAAGAGCAGAUCGACCGACCGGCCGAAGUCCGAAAGAGUAGCAGCAGCAGCAGCAGCAGCAACGAUGGAAGGGCGAUGCUUGAGAAGGCCUUGGACCUCCUGGGCGAGUCGCGUAGGGAGACCAAAUGGCUGAAGGAAGCGCUGAAGGAACAGAUGGAAACGACCAGGGAACUUAAGGAAAUUGUUAAGAGGCAGGAAGCGACGGUGCAGGAAAUGGGCAGACAGGUGGUUGAGAUCAAGAAGCAGAUGACCGAGGAGCUACAGCAAGCCCGCGAGCAGCUCGAAACCAUCGCGACGAACGCGACAGAUGUACCCCAACGAUCAUACGCCGACAUCACGCGAUCGACACCAUUUCCUGAGCACAACAGUGCCAGGGUCUCGGCCCCAACCGCUUCACCGAAUCCCAUAGACGCGCUCUACUGCACGAUCGACGUAUCGAGAACAGAUGGAGAUGACGACAGAUCCUCAGCCGGGGCGAUCCGGACGAUGGUAGAAAGUGGAGUCCGUUCCGAGCUAGACAACCCGACGUGGCGAUGCCGAGCGGUCACCAAGGACCCAAAGAACCCCCAUCGUAUCAGGAUCACCUGCAGGGACGAAAGCGAGUAUGAAGUCGUGAAGCGGACAGCGGAAGGAAAGCUGGCUCGAGGAGCCCGUAUCCUGCGAGACGAUCUCCACCCCAUCAGGGUGGACAAUGUCAAUCGAACCGCUGUGCUAGACGAGAUGAACGAAGUCCGACCAGGAGCCGCUGAAGCCUUUAGCCAAGAGAACGACACCCAGGUUGCAAAGAUAGCGUGGCUCAGCAGAAGAGACAUUCCCAAGGCAUAUGGUUCAAUGGUUGUGUACCUAAAAAGACGCUCGGAAGCAAGACGACUCAUCGACGAAGGGUUCUUCUUUGCCGGGGGAGAGUCCGGAACCACCAAGACGUUUGAACGCCGGGACCGCCCAAAACAGUGCUAUAAUUGCCAACAGAUCACGGAUCACAAAGCCUAUCAGUGCGACAGACCACAAGUUUGCGGCAGAUGUGCCAAAGAAGGCCAUCACCACAGCGGAUGCAUGGAAACGAUCCCAAGAUGUGUCCCGUGCGGAGGCCCCCACGAAUCGUUCAGCAGAAACUGCCGGAAACUCUACCCGGUCCAGCAUGAGUAG